CAACCAAUCACGAAGCGUAGUUUCUCGGGGGUGGGCGUGACUCCUAGUAGCCUCAGCUAGCUAAUGCUAGACGACAAAUCCAUCCAGGAAAAUUAUACAAAACGAAACCAAAUCGAGUGAUCAAAACAAGGAGAGGAAAACUACUAGCUGCAGGAGGUUUACCUGCAACCCUUAGCAGACCCAAUGGCUACCGACAUGCCCAUGGACACGGUGCCGGCUCCUCUCCUUGCCCCAGCCUCACCCCCCGACCCUGCCCCCGCCCCAGCCUCCACUCCUGAUCUCAGCUCCAGUGCGACCCAAGACCAGACUUCCACCCAGGAGCCAGCAAUAGCUGAAAUCCCAGACACGGCGGUGACCUCGGAACAUGAUGCUGCUCCAGAUCUCACCCCGGCUCUGCCUACAGACCCAGACGUGGCCCCAGUCCUUGUUCCGGGUUCUGAGCUGCCACCGGCCCUUCUGAUGCCAAUCUGCACCAAGAAUCCCAGCUGCAAGAUCAUGACCUUCCGGCCCACCGUGGAGGAGUUCAAAGACUUCGCCAAAUACAUCGUCUACAUGGAGAGUCAAGGAGCUCACCGUGCUGGCCUGGCAAAGGUGAUUCCCCCGGAGGGCUGGAAGCCACGGAGGUCAUAUGACACCAUCGAAGACAUGGUGAUUCCAGCUCCCAUCAUGCAGGUGGUGACCGGACAGUCGGGUCUGUUCACCCAGUACAACAUCCAGAAGAAGUCUAUGACCGUGAGCGAGUACCGCAAGCUGGCCAACAGCAAGAAGUACUGCACACCCCGGCACAAAGACUUUGACGACCUAGAGAGGAAGUACUGGAAGAACCUGACAUUUGUGUCUCCCAUUUAUGGCGCCGAUGUCAGUGGCUCCAUCUAUGAUGAGGACAUUCAAGAGUGGAACAUUGGCCAUCUCAACACGCUGCUGGACAUGGUGGAGCAGGAGUGUGGCAUCGUCAUUGAGGGGGUCAACACUCCCUACCUGUACUUCGGCAUGUGGAAGACCACAUUUGCCUGGCACACUGAGGACAUGGACCUCUACAGCAUCAACUACCUGCACUUUGGACAGUCAAAGUCCUGGUAUGCCAUCCCACCCGAGCAUGGCAAGAGGCUGGAGAGGCUGGCACAAGGCUUCUUCCCUGGCAGCUCCCAAGGCUGUGACGCCUUCCUUCGCCACAAGAUGACGCUGAUAUCUCCCUCCAUCCUGAAGAAAUAUGGCAUUCCCUUUGACAGGAUAACUCAGAAUGAAGGGGAGUUUAUGAUCACCUUUCCUUAUGGCUACCAUGCUGGCUUCAACCAUGGCUUCAACUGCGCAGAGUCCACAAACUUUGCCACCCUGCGCUGGGUGGAUUACGGCAAAAUGGCUACCCAGUGUACCUGUCGUAAAGACAUGGUGAAGAUCUCCAUGGACGUGUUUGUGCGCUGCCUGCAGCCAGGUCGCUACGAUAUGUGGAAGCAGGGCAAAGACAUCACAGUGUUGGAUCACCUCAGGGCCACUGUGCUCAACAGCCCCGAACUAGAGCGCUGGAGGGAGCAUCGUGUAAGCCACCGAGCAAAUGUCCUGCGAAGGGCCAUGCAGAAGAUGAAGCAGGUCCGUCGUCUAAAGCUGGAGGAGGUGAAGGUGCUGGCGGAGGAAGGCAUUGAGCUGAAUGCUGCCGAGUACCAGCGUCAGGUGGAAGAGCGUGAGGCCCAGCGGAGGCAGGAGAGAGAGGAGCGCCUAGCCAAAGAGGCAAUGCUGACCCUGGAGGCCCUGGAGCGUGAAGAGCAGGAGGCUGCCGAGGCCGCUGCUAAAGCAGCAGAGGCUCCAGCUGUAGAGGUACAAGAACCCGAGGCCAAACCACAGAUCCUGACAGAGGACACAGAGAAAAAGAAGCCGAAAAAGCCAAAGAAGAUGUCAAAUAUCAACAGCAUCACUGGGUUUGAGGAAGUAUUUCAGCAGUUUGCUACAUCCAGCAUCAAGACUUCAAAGAACGCCAUGUUAAGUCAUCCAGAGGCGGGGAACCUUCUCACUCCAAGACAGAGUGACAUCCCCGCAGACAACAAGCUGGAUGUGAGUGCGACCCAGGCAUGCUACUCCAAGGUGAAGAUGCCAACAGAGGUAAAAAAGAGUCGCCGUCACCCCCUCAGCAAGCCACCCAAGCGCUCCCCUCUGUCCAUCCUCAAACAAGACCUGGCCAGCGACAAAGAGCUGUCCUCCCCCAUGCCGCUGGACAGCGACAUGAAGAAACAGGAGCACCUGUGGCAGAAUCACUCGCCCAACUUCCUGGCAGAGAAGGCCUUCAAUAUUGCAGUGGCAGCAAUCCCACCACACUGUGCUAUCUGUUUACUCUUCUGUCCCUACACAAAGCCACACAAAGAUUCUUUUGUCGACACCCAGCGUGCCUCCCCACCCCGUCUGACUCGUCCCCUGGUCCCAGAGAUGUGCUUCAGCGUUGGUGCCGGCAACACCGAGCCUCCACCCACCAACUAUCACAUUGGAGAGGAUGGAACCAGUCCUCUGCUCUGCUGUACAUCUUGCCACAUGCAGGCUCAUGCCAGUUGUUACGGUGUGAAGCCAGAAUCUGUCAGUGAACCCUGGAUGUGCUCCAGGUGUGCAACAAGAGCCUGGACUGUGGAGUGUUGUCUCUGUAACUUGCGGGGAGGAGCUUUGAAGACGACCACAGACAACCGGUGGGUCCAUGUCAUCUGUGCCAUCGCUGUACCUGAAGCUCGCUUCGUCAACGCCAUCGAGAGGGAGCCGGUGGACGUCAGUGCCGUUCCAGAAACACGCAAGAAUCUGAAGUGUGUGUUCUGCCAUGGCGAGACUACCAAUCAGAACCGCGGCGCCUGCAUCCAGUGCUCGUACGAGAACUGUGCCACCUCCUUCCACGUCACCUGCGCCCAACUCGCCGGAGUAGUCAUGACGCCAGCCGACUGGCCGUAUGUGGUGAACGUCACCUGCCAAAGGCAUAAAAGGGCCCCUCAGAAGCCUCGGACAGCACCAAAAGGCCCGCCGAGUCUGAACCUGGGCCAGAGGGUGAUCGGUCGCAACAGUGACGGCUGGUACUACCACUGCACCAUCAUCGGCAUGGCAACGCAGACGUUCUACGAGGUCAACUUUGACGACGGCUCGUACUGUGACAACGUGCACCCAGAAAACAUAUUAAGUCACGACUGCCUGCGUACCGGUCCUCCUGAGGUGGGGGAGUUGAUUGUGGUCAGCACGCCCGAGGGUCAGGUCGUCAACGCUUCCUUUGUCAGACAGCACACCCAUAAGUUCUACCAGGUGGAGUUCCAGGACCAGAGUCAGCUGAUACUGAAACACUCAGAGAUCCAUCAGCUGGACCAGGAACUGCCGAAGAGGGUCAGAGCCAGACUGGCCAUACCUGUACCACAGGGGGAGGUUUCGUCAGCAGAUGAAGCCCAAGCAGCCAAACGGCGCUGCCUACCCUCAGGCUCAGCCCCGCCCGCUGAAACCCGCAUGGAGACGACCAAUAAACCGGCCUGCCCCCUAACUACAGCCCUGGUAGCAGCACCAGCAGCAGCACAUCACAGUAUUCAUACACUGCCGACCUCACAACCUCUACCCCAGCCCAUCACUACCCCUGCCUCAACCAAUGGUAUUCAGAUGGACGCUGAGACCCCAAUGGACACGAGCGUCACCCUCACCGACGCUCUAACAGAGUCGAGCCUGGCUUCGGACCCCACGCUGACUCCGCAGUCGACCCCUUUUUCAGUCGACGUUUCCUACAUGGAGAGCCUCCUCCAUUCACAUUUCACUCAGGACAGUAGCCCCGGACCCAUGUAUUAAAAAACCAACUCCACUAUAUUAUUACUCAGCCAGUGGAGGCUGAGCCAAUAGGAAGUAAGCUAAUGGAGAAGGAUUUCGACUGAGUGCUGUAUUAAUGGACAAAAACAUUUCCUCCACCGGCUCUAAGAGUUCAGGGCUGGAGCGAAAAAGAAACACACAAGCACUCUUUUAAUGCAUGUUACUUUUCUAUUUUUGAGUUAAUGUAUUUGCAGUGGUGCUUUGGCGUGCUCUGAAGCAGCAGCUGAAGAAAGCUUUUUUUAUUUUUAAAAUUAUUAUUAUUAUUAUUAUUUGUUGUUUUUUAGGCCUUUUGGGGUUUUUCCGUUUUUGGUCAGCUGCUGUGCUUUUCUCCUCCCAUCUUAAUAUAAAUACGUCUCUGGGUGUUUUCGACUCCAUACCUCAUUGCAUUAAUUCAGUAACAGCACACUCCCAUUUUCUUUUGUACAGGAAGCUAAUUACUACGACGGCCUCUAAGCAUUGAGGCCCCCGGUGGACUUCACUUCUUCUUUUUUCUUUUUCAAAAUCAAAUAACCAGCAACAAAAUAUCUAUUUUUCAAUCCGGCCACUCGUGGCUUUGAAACUGUUUGGUGGAAUUAAAGUGUCACAUUGUCCAUCUGCAGGAUAUUUUCAGUAAUGUGUUUUAUUGUCAAAUUGCAAGAGUUAAACUGGGGGAAUGGGGGUAAAAAUAAUGUAUUGUAGGGGGAACUCAGUAUUUAAAUGUCUUAGUCAAAUAUUGAAAUAAUUAUUUGUAAUAGAAGAAACAUGUUGAAUGCAAACACUAGUAGAAUUGUCUGCAGGAUGCAUUGAUUUUUUUGUGAAGAUGUGUCACGGUAGUUAACAGAUGAGACCUUUAUGUAUUGACAUCGUUCAAACUGUCAUUUGGCAGCUCCACUUUUCACACCCGAAACUGUCUCAGGGUUCCUACAUGUGGAAAAUAAAUUUUGUUUUGUCAUCCAAGUCUUCACGCAGUUAAAGAAGUAUAGAACAGCCCGGAAAAAUUCCUCAGUCGUAAUUGGAACAUGAAUAUCCGUUGCUUAUGAUGUCAUUUUGCUCCUGUUAACAGAUUGUCCAUCAUAAUGAGUGCUAUCUUUGUUCACGGUCACUUUUCUCCUAUUAGCACAUCAACUGGCCAAAACUAUGAGGUAAAUUUAAAGGAUGAAAGUCUGGAAAAUGUUUGAUAUUUGGAAAAAGGAAAAUAUGUAUAUGUAGGAACCCUAAAAUCUGGAAAUAUGUUGUUCUCUUGGUUCUUCUUGGUUUAAAUUGUAUGUAUAAGUCAAUAUUGUAUAUUAAUAAUAUCUGUUUUUUCUAUUACUGUAUCCUUUCUAUGUUAAUUUUCUGAAUUGAAUUCACAAACUAGGCCAAUUUAAAAUAAUGAGUUUAUUUUUGACAGAUUUUCACAGGCAUAUUACUCAGUUUGUACUGGCAAAUACAUCUUUCUUUUCCCAGAUAUGACCAUUUUGUGCUUCAGAGGUGCUAUAGAGACAUUGAACUACUGAUGGACUGAGUUUUCCAACACUGUCAACUUGUACAUACUGCAGGCCUUGUGUAUUGUGAAUCAAAUUUGUAAAUGUCGCACAUAUACCUUUCUUUUUCAUUUCUGUUCUUUCUGUCACCACAACUGAAAUGUUGGGACACAGAUGUGUUCAUGUAUCCAAAUGAUUUCCAUCAAGAAAAUUUUAUUUCAUAGGGAUUAAAGUGGGUUGCUAGUC